GGGCAAAGCAGCCCUAACCUCCCCUCCAAGACAACACCAGGACCAGACCUGCUCCUCUCCUCCCCUUGUCCCCAAUAGCCAGCCGCCUCUCCCCCAACUCGUGCCCUCCUCGGAUCUCCUCCGUCCGUCCCCUUCCUCCAACUCGCCGGCCACAAUCAACAGAUCCCAUGGCGGCGCUGGGGUCGAAGCUGGCGCAGCUGCAGUCCAAGGCGUGCGAGGCGACGAGGUUCGUGGCCAAGCACGGCUGCGCGUACCACAAGACGCUCAUGGAGAAGAACAAGCACCACGUAGUCGACCCGCCCACCAUCCAGAAGUGCCAGGAGCUCUCCAAGCAGCUCUUCUACACCCGCCUCGCGAGCCUUCCUGGUCGUUACGAGGCAUUCUGGAAGGAGCUUGAUAGCACGAAGCUCUUGUGGAAAAACAGAAGCAACCUGAAGGUUGAGGAUGCUGGCGUCGCGGCAUUGUUUGGCAUCGAGUUGUAUGCUUGGUCCUGCCUUGGUGAAAUCGUCGGGAGAGGAUUUACUCUCACGGGCUACCAUGUCUGAAGCCUUACCUCUAGCAUGAACAACCACAUUAGUCCACAUUUGCCGACGAAUACUGUGUUGGUGGUCAGUUUUACUCUGACAUGAAUCGUGUGAUGCAAAGUUUUGCUAUUCUCAAAUACUCUUGAACCUUGAUGCCGUGGAACUACAUGGAUCUCGGAGGAACGAGAAAUGAUGAGCUAAUAAUUUACUGCAUCCUGCCCUUUUGUGCGCCAGGUCUAUGA